AUGUCCCCAACUGUAUACACACCUCCACAGACAGCCCCUCCAUCUCCCAGUGAGGGCCCUCUCUCCCCCCCCGACACCGACGACCCCGCCAAUCAUCCCAUCCCGCCAACUCUCUACAUCCCCAUCAAGCCCCUAACCAUCACCCUCGACGCCUGGGGCCUCUCCCUCCUCUCAAUAUCUCUCGUCCUCGGCAUUCACUUGAUCGAGCGCCCCGUGCUCUCAGCAGUCAUCCUCCUCACUCCCAUCGCCCUCCUCAUCCGCACCGACUACCACAACUUUCUUGCCCUCGGCCCCGGCAGCACACCAUCUACCCCCGCCGGCUACCUCUACCUUUCCAUCCUUCGCUUCUUCGCCCUCAGCGACCCCUUCCAUCCUCCCCGUUUCUGGCCCAACCUGGCGCAAAAGCCUGCCCAUGGCAUCCUUUCCCCCAUCGACUCUUCAACUCUAGGAAAACACCCAAAACUUAAAGGCCUUCCCUACCGCACCGGCCCUCGUCCCCCAACAGCCGGCCUCGCCCCUCAACGCCAACUAACUCAACACUCCCCCGCGCACAUCACCCACCUCCUUCGCCAGACCCUCCUACACCUCUCCUCCCAACACCCUGCCCUACUCACAACGGCCCGCUCAAGCCUCGAACUAAACGGUCUCGCGCUCUUUGCGAAAAACCCCGUCAACGUUUGCGGCAAUGGGGAAAUAUUGCAUGUGCAUGCGAUCGAUCGGAGCAUGCAUAUGAACCUGCAUCCGGAGGAUAUCGAGGAAGUGUUGGGAAAGGGGUGGGGAGAGCGGCAUCCACUUGCGUGGGAGGAAGGGAGGGACAAGUGCGGCGGGUGGGUGAGGAGUCCGGUGCCGGGGACGUUUGUUAUGGUUUAUGCGCCAAGAGAUGAAAACGACCUCCUCGCGGUCUGCAAGAUUAUCGAAGCUGCCAUCUGGUGGACAGCCGCCGAGAAGAUCGAAGUCCUUCCCCCCUCUUCAUCACCCUCUCCGUCAACAACGUUUUCAGACGACGUGGUCAAUGGAGCCGGGAAUGGGGAUGAACUUGAGGCCGAAGAGGAUGAGAGGAAGGUUUCUAAGUGCUGUGCUGGCUGUCAAGCUUGA